GACAAAAUUCCCAUUUUUUUUGUGUAAAAAUUAUCACUCCUACAAACCAAAGAGUGUGGAUGGCGGGUGCGGUGAAGGGCAGAGUGUGUGUGACAGGAGCAGGAGGGUUCGUAGGUUCAUGGAUGGUAAAGCUGCUUCUCUCUAAGGACUACACUGUCCAUGGCACCGUCAGAGAUCCUGGGGAUGAGAAGUAUAAUCAUCUGAAUAAACUUGAAAAAGCAUCUGAUAAUCUCAAACUCUUCAAGGCAGACCUGCUCGAUUACAACUCUCUCCUUGCUGCCAUCACCGGAUGUGACGGAGUAUUCCAUGUUGCCAGUCCAGUUCCUUCCAGCAAUGUACCAAAUCCUGAGGUAGAGUUAAUUGAGCCUACUGUAAAAGGUACACUUAAUGUACUCAGGGCAUGCUGCGAAGCAAAUAUCAAGCGUGUCGUGAUUGUAUCCUCUGGCGCUGCUGUAAUCAUGAACCCUAAGUGGCCUAAGGGUCAAGUGAAGGAUGAGACUUGUUGGUCUGACAAAGAUUACUGCAAGGAAACCAAUAACUGGUAUUAUUUUUCCAAGACUGAAGCAGAGAGUGUGGCUUGGGAGUUUGCGAAAAAAAAUGGGCUCGAUCUUAUAGUUGUGUGUCCAACCCUUAUUUUGGGGCCGCUACUGCAGAGCUCAAUUAAUGCUAGUAGUUUGGUUCUGGUUAAGCUUCUGAAAGAAGGGCAUGAAAAAGUAGAAAACAAGGUUUGGACGAUGGUAGAUGUACGGGAUGUGGCUGAAGCACUGCUAGUGGUAUAUGAGAAAAGUGAAGCUGAAGGAAGAUAUAUAUGCACAGCUCACAUGAUCAUGACCCAGGAUUCGGUGGAAACAUUGAAGAGGAUAUAUCCUACUUACAACUAUCCCAAGGGUUUUACCGAGGGAAAUGAAGGUGACGAACUGAGUUCAGAGAAAUUGCAGAAGCUGGGUUGGAAUUGCAAGGCAGUCGAGGAAACUCUGGUGGAUUCUGUUGAAAGCUACAAACAAGCUGGAAUUCUGAAGUAGAAAGGAUUGGCAUUAUAUUAUAGCUUUUGGAGGUUGACUGUCACC